AUCUCUAAAACUCUUGUUUGACCUUUUUGAGAAAGAAAUGGACAAUGGAAGACUGUCCCCUUUGUCCAAUAGAUUGGCGGAGCCGACAAUCGUUGCCCAAUAAUACACGUCCGCCACACACUCCGUCGUUCCUUUCAACCCUAGAAUUUGCAAUUGGAGAGGUAUGGAUUUACAAGUUGCUGUUGAGGACAUAAUCCCAUGGGAUGGGACUCUCUCUGUAAGUGACUUUUCCCUUUCUGCUCGUACAUUUUCCGAGAAGUGGAAAAGGUUCAAUCCUUCCUUUCCUCCAUGGCUUUGGAUCCCAUGUCCCAAACACCAUUUGGCUUCUUCACAUAAGGAGGAAGGAUACUUGUCACUGGAGAACAUGUGCCAUAUCCAAUCAAGUGAGAAGGAAGAGAUUAAUAGUAGCUUGACAUGGAAAGAAGAGAGCAACAUCUCACACAGAGAAGAGCCCUUUGAUUAUGCAACUUUAGUAUGCCCAGAGCAUGAAGUAAACCACUAUGAUUUUCACAUUGUCUACAGUCCUUCAUAUAGAGUUCCAGUCUUAUAUUUCCGUUCAUACCAUAGUGAUGGGCAACUUUUGCCGUUUAAUGAAAUUGAAAAGGACCUUCCUGGUCACUCUGCGAAAUUACGAUCAGAAUCCAAAUGGACAUUUAUAACUCACGACGAACAUCCAUAUUUGAACAGGCCGUGGUACAAAUUACAUCCAUGUGGGACGAGUGACUGGAUGAAGCUCCUCUUCUAUGGUGAUUCAUCUUUGAACAAAACUGGUUCUGUUAUUGAACAAUAUUUGGUUUCCUGGUUCUCUGUCAUUGGACAAGUGGUUGGUCUGAAACUUCCUUUGGAAAUGCUGGACACUGUAGCUUCUAAUGAUUCUUAGAUGCUUAUUCAUACUUACCCAAUAGUAAAAUGGAGGAAAAGAAGAAAAAGAGAAAGUCUCUGCACAUCACUAAGUGUUAACUAUUACUUCUACGGUUGUCGUUUGUAAAUAGCAAUGUUGUUCAAGCAUUUAAUAAAUGGUAAAAUACACACUUCUACAUGCUUUUACUGGCAAAUGAGGCAUGCAGUUGGAUCUUAUUUUGCAAUGAGCACUUAACUGUUA